CAUUCCCACAGGGAACAGCAUCCACGGGUGACAGCAUCCACAGGGAACAGCAUUCCCACAGGGAACAGCAUCCACAGGUGACAGCAUCCUGCUGCCAGCUCCGGCAGGCACAGGCAAACACAGCCUCCCUCAUCCUCCUGCUGCCCCUGGAUCUGUCCCACUGGGGAUGUUUCCAGGACAGCAGCUGGAUCGGGACUGUGCGCUGGGAUUGGUCCCAGAGGAUGUGAUGAAUGUGAGGGGCAGUGCUGCUUUAUGGAGCUGGCUGGCAGGGCUGAAGCCAUGUUCCUUUUUUCCUUAAAAAUCUCUGUAGGAGUCCAGGGAAGGAGUCCAGCUAGGUGGCUGUGGAAUGCAGAGGGGUGUGGGGGGCAGGCUUGGAGGAGCAGUGGGAGCCACUGGAGUGGGAAUGUGGGGACCACAGAAUCCCAGAGUUGAUAGGGUUGGAAGUGACUUCGGAGAGCAGCUAAUCCAACCCAUGGACUUGGAGCAGCAGGAGCCUGGGGAGUGGGAAUGUGGGGAUCAUCCGGAGGCAGGCUCAGAGGAGCAGUGGGACCUGCUGGGCUCUGAGGGAGCGCUCUGGAGGACACAGCUGGACAGCCUUGGCACAGGGAAUGCUGGCCUUGCUGCUGGAUACUGCCCUGGGCUUGGCUCCCUGGCGAGGAGGAUGAGCUGUGACCCCGGAGCCAGGGAGCAUCACACGCUCUCAGCCACGUGGGUUGGCAGCUGUGGGGCCAGGGGACCACAUGGAAAUAGCUUCUCUCCCCUGGGGAAGCUGCCUUGUUGCUUCCAAGAAAAAGGGGAUGUUGUAACCCUCAGCUCCUCACACCAUUUCUUUGUACCCUGGGAUUGUCCUGCUUCCACGCACGCAGGGAUUUUUCCUGGUGCACCUGUGGUUUUGUAAACUUUGUAGGAGAGCUGUUGGGAGGAUUGUGUCCCAUGUUAUCCCAGGUCAUUUUGGGUUAGUUGCAUCAUCCUCCUCACUCUGGUGGGAUGGAAUCACAUCUGGGAAGAAAGAAUUGGGAAACAGGAGGUGACGGCCUGGCUAAACCCUGCAUGGCAGCAGCAGAGGAAUUCCUGGGAUUUGUCCUUCUCCCAGUCUCUGUCAUCCCAGUAGUUCAGAUUUGGCUCCCUGAGGAGCUCACUGGAGCCAGCACCCAGUUCCUACUGAAGCCUGGUGGGAAAGGCUCGGGAUUUUCCAAAGCUGCUGAGAACAGACAUUGCAUGAAAAAUCACUGGGCGUUUGUGCCUGUGCAUCCUGUGGCCCUCCUGGGAACGCCAGCCUCAGGAAAAGCUUGGUCCAGCUCUUUGUGGCUCAGCACUGAUGUCUUUGGAGCGAGAUCCCAGCAGGCAGAGCUGCUCCCUGCCCUCUCACAGGUGAUGCGCUACCAGGUGCUGCUGGCCCUGAUGCUGUCCAGCCAGACCAAGGACCAGGUGACGAGCGCUGCCAUGCUGCGCCUGCGCCGGCGCGGCCUCACCGUGGACAGCGUGCUGCAGAUGGACGAGGAGAGCCUGGGGCAGAUCAUCUACCCCGUGGGCUUCUGGAGGAACAAGGUGAAGUACAUCAAGCAGACCACAGCCAUCCUGAAGCAGAAGUACGGGGGGGACAUCCCGAGCACUGUGGAGGAGCUGGUGCAGCUGCCAGGAGUUGGGCCCAAAAUGGCCCAUUUGGCCAUGCACAUCGCCUGGGACAGCGUGGCUGGGAUAGCUGUGGACACCCACGUGCACAGGAUCUCCAACAGGCUCAAGUGGGUGAAGAAGGAGACCAAGAACCCCGAGCAGACUCGGCUGGCACUGGAGGAGUGGCUGCCCAGGGACCUCUGGAAGGAGAUAAACUGGCUCCUGGUGGGCUUUGGGCAGCAGACCUGCCUGCCUGUGAACCCUCGCUGCAGCCAGUGCCUCAACCAAGACAUUUGCCCUGCUGCCAAGAGACUCUGAGGGAUCAUCCAGCCUUGGGAGAGCCACAAAGCUGCUUGGGCUGAGCCCUGCUACAGCUGGGCCUGGCACAGGGCUGGCGGUGUGACUGCAGGGGACAGCCACUGGCAGCGGCUCAGCUCUGCAGAGGAAAAAGGGGCUUUGAGAGGCAGCAAUCCUGCUGGGACAGAGCUGGAGGCUGCAGCCGGGGUGAAUGGCUGAGCAGGGCCCAGCUGUGCCACUCUGAGUCACUGCAGAGAAAAGCUUUGUCCUCGGGGACCUGCUGCUGCUUGUAAAUACUCGUUUAAUAAAGGUGGUGAGGGCUUUUUGCACCCACGA